CCAGUGUGGAAAUCUCUCGCUCUGGGUCGGUGCCAAACCAGCGCCUCCCUCCCUCCCUUCGGCUCCUGCGCCUCACACUCCGGGCGGGCGAGACGAACUCCUGGGACGAGAGGUUCCAGCUCUAGCGUUCGGGAUCAAGUGGCCUGGCCGACUGAAGUCCGGAGCUCCUGCUCAGAAUUCCAGCUGAGAAUCCCAGGUCCAGCUGGGCGCACCAGUCCAUCUCAACAGAAGCGUGCUGAUUGGUGAAGGAGCAUGAAGAUCGCUGUGAUUGGACAAAGCCUGUUCGGCCAAGAGGUGUACAAGGAAUUGAAAAAGGCGGGACACGAGAUAGUUGGAAUAUUCACAAUCCCGGACAAGGAUGGGAAGGAGGAUGCUCUUGGUGAGUGCAGUCCCAGGGAUGGGACGCCAGUGUUCAAGUACCCCCGGUGGAGGGUGAAAGGGAAGGCCAUCCCCGAGGUGGUGGGGGAGUACUCCAGCCUCGGGGCCGAACUGAACGUGCUGCCCUUCUGCUCCCAGUUCAUCCCGAUGGAGGUGAUCGACUUCCCCAAGCACGGAUCCAUCAUUUACCACCCCUCCCUGCUGCCCAGGCACAGGGGGGCUUCAGCCAUCAACUGGACACUGAUCCACGGAGACAAGAAAGGAGGGUUCAGUAUCUUCUGGGCUGAUGAUGGACUGGACACAGGUCCCAUUCUCAUGCAGAGAGAGUGCGAAGUGUUUCCCGAUGAUACCAUCAACACCCUGUACAAGCGAUUCCUCUUCCCUGAGGGAAUUAAAGCCAUGGUAGAAUCCGUGGAUCUCAUCGCAGCGGAGAAGGCUCCGAGGAUCAAACAGCCUGAAGAUGGAGCCACGUACGAGGGCAUUCAGAAGAAGGAAAAUGCAAAGAUUAACUGGGACCAGCCAGCCGAGGCCAUUCACAACUGGAUCCGAGGCAAUGACAAGGUCCCUGGAGCCUGGUCAGAGGUUAACGGGCACAAGCUGACGUUUUUUGGCUCAACCCUGCUGGACAGUGGUCCUCCCCAGGGACAGACCCUGGACAUCCCCGGGGCACAUAAACCCGCUGUUGUCGGCAAGAACGGGCUGGUCCUCUUUGGCAAUGAUGGUAAAAUGCUGUUGGUGAAAAAUCUCCAGUUUGAAGAUGGGAAAAUGAUUCCGGCCUCAAAGUACUUCUCGUCCGCAGAGAGUUCCUCACUGGAGUUCACUGAAGAGGAGAAGAAGGUCAAAGAGGAAAUUCGAGCUGUCUGGAAGGGAAUCCUCUCCAAUGUGGCUGAAAUUGUGGAAACCACUGAUUUCUUCAAGUCAGGAGCUGCGUCAAUGGAUGUGGUCAGGCUGGUGGAAGAGAUCAGGCUCAAAUGUGGUCUUCAACUACAGAAUGAAGAUGUCUACAUGGCCACCACCUUCGAGGACUUCAUGCAGAAGAUCGUGAGGAAGCUCCGGGGCGAAGACGAGGAAGAGGAGCUGGCGAUAGACUAUAUUGAAAUGAACAUCAACAACCUGACGAUCCGCAUGCCGCAUCAAGCCUUCAUCAAUGGAGAGUUCGUGGAUGCGGAAGGAGGGAACUGGUACAACGCCAUCAAUCCGACCGAUGGCUCAGUGAUCUGCAAGGUGUCCCUGGCCCAGGUAUCUGAUGUGGACAAGGCUGUGGCCGCAGCGAAGGAAGCCUUUGAGGCUGGCGAGUGGGGGAGGAUGAAUCCCAGAGACCGGGGCAGACUCAUCUACAGACUGGCAGAUCUGAUGGAAGAGCACCAGGAAGAACUGGCGACGAUUGAAGCCAUCGACUCGGGAGCCGUCUACACCCUGGCACUGAAAACCCACGUGGGCAUGUCCAUCCAGACCUUCCGCUACUUCGCUGGCUGGUGUGACAAGAUCCAGGGGUGCACUAUCCCAAUCAACCAAGCUCGGCCUAAUCACAACUUAACCUUCACCAGGAGGGAGCCAAUUGGUGUGUGUGGAAUUGUGAUCCCAUGGAACUACCCCCUGAUGAUGCUGGCAUGGAAGACGGCAGCCUGCCUCGCCGCUGGCAACACCGUGGUGCUGAAGCCUGCACAGGUGACUCCCUUGACAGCGUUGAAAUUUGCGGAGCUAACGGUGAAGGCGGGAUUCCCAAAGGGAGUUGUGAACAUUUUACCUGGAGCAGGCUCACUGAUCGGCCAGAGGAUCUCGGAGCAUCCUGAGGUGCGGAAGUUGGGCUUCACUGGUUCGACUCCAGUGGGCAAACAGAUCAUGAAGAGCUGUGCAGUGAGUAACGUGAAGAAAGUGUCCCUGGAGCUGGGGGGCAAAUCCCCACUGCUGAUCUUCAGCGACUGUGACGUGGACAAGGCCGUGCGGAUGGGGAUGGGAGCUGUGUUUUUCAACAAGGGAGAGAACUGUAUCGCAGCAGGACGACUGUUUGUUGAAGAGUCCAUCCACGACCAGUUCCUGCACAAAGUGGUAGAGGAGGUGAAGAAAAUGAAGAUCGGUGACCCUUUGGACAGGUCCACGGACCAUGGCCCUCAGAACCACAAAGCCCACCUGGACAAGCUGAUUGAGUACUGUGCCACGGGGGUGAAGGAGGGAGCCCGGCUGGUCUAUGGAGGGAAGCAGGUCCCCAGGCCUGGGUUUUUCUUUGAACCCACUGUGUUCACCGAUGUGCAGGAUGACAUGUUCAUUGCCAGAGAGGAAUCCUUUGGGCCCAUCAUGAUCAUCUCCAAGUUUGCUGACAGGGAUCUGGAUGGAGUUUUGAAACGUGCCAACAACACAGAGUUCGGUCUGGCCUCAGGCGUGUUCACCCGUGACCUCAGCAAGGCUCUGUACGUCAGCGAGAAACUGCAGGCGGGCACCGUGUUCAUCAACACGUACAACAAGACAGAUGUGGCAGCCCCGUUUGGGGGCUUCAAGCAAUCUGGGUUCGGCAAGGACCUGGGGCAGGAAGCUUUGAAUGAGUACCUGAGGACCAAAACAGUGACCAUUGAAUAUUAGCGGGAGGAAGAGAAUCCAGAGGCACUCAGCAACUCUGUGUGUCCGCACAUGGAUCCAAUAAUUGGAUGGACGUUCGUGAAUAAUUAAAGACUGAUCCACCCUCACCUCGCCUGACUGAUACACCGACAUCUGUGGCAGGAGGUAGAGCAAGAAGUGGGCCUCCAUGGAAAUGAGUCAGCCACACAUGAUGGGCCAAAUGGCCUCCUUCCUCUUGCUCCAAUCUAGUGAUUUCAACUUUCUGCCUAAAUCAUUUCCAUUUUGUAAUUGGUAAGGAGCUAUCAUCUCUUCAAUACAAUCGUAGGCCUACAAUGCUGCUCACUGUUCAUUGACCUUCCCCCCAGAGCAUCUCACACCAUGACCUCCUUUCCUCAGGAAAGGUCUACCCACCUCUGUCCCAAAAUUGCCCCCCCUCCUGCCACCCUCAAGGGUCCGUGAGAGAGGAAGAGUUCCCAGAUCUCCCUGCCUUCUGUGUCCCAUUAUCACCCCGACCACCCCUUGUUCUGCACACCCACCAACUCCCAGAGUUCUCGCCCUCUCCCUAACAAGUCCCUUUGUCAUUUUAAGCAAGUCAACCUUCUAAACUCAACUAAAAUAUAAACAGAAAGUGCAGGGGACAUUCAGCAGGUCAGGCAACAUCUGCGGAUAGAGGAAGAGUCAACAUUCAAGGUCGAAGAGCCUUCACCAGAGGACUGCUGAGUGGUUCCAGCAUUUUCCAACACCUGUAGUGUGUAGGUUUCUAAAUCCAACACUCUUCUGUCCCUCUCCCCUCCCCUCCCCUCCCCUCCGUGUCAGGGGCUGACCCAGCCUCGGGAAUCCAGCUCUCGCCCAGUGUUAUUGGCUGUUAACUCCUGGUUGGGGAGGGGUUGGUGGGGUGAGAAUGGUAGAACAAUCCCACCCAUGGCUGGUCUUGUCCCUCGGGAGCCAAUCAGCUGAUCAGAAGCUGGAACCCAGCCCAACUCUCUCCAGCCCAGGGUCCAGCAGUGGUGGGCACAGCACACUGGGCUGAAACCAAGGGUCUGUCCCUGGCCUGUGUGAGUCAGAGCCACACCAGACGUCCAAGGAUUUCAUUACAAGAGCUUCAGAAAUUCAACAUCCUAUCCAAUGAGGUGACAGGGUCCUCUGGAUUGGAACCUGAGGACCUUUGAUGAAACAGUCUCCCUCUGCACCCCUCAGUGCUUGUAGAUUUAUUGACUGUGCCUGGGGGUCAUUGCCUGUUCUUGCACAAGCCACAGGUUAUACACCCCAUCCAGUCCCCCAAACCAGCAGUCCCUCCACCACCGGCGCACUGUGGCUGCAGUGUGCACCGUCGACAGUCAGUUACUUGUCCAGGCUGCUCCAACAGCACCUUCCAAACCCUCCACCCAUCCCACCAGAAGUACCAGGUGCAGGGGAACACUGCCACACACAGCUUCCCCUCCUGCUCACUCCCCAUCCUGACUUGGAAGCACAUCGCCGUUCCUUCACUGUCACUGGGUCUAAGCCCUGGAACUCCCUCCCCUCCAGCACCGUGGAAGCACCUUCCCCAGAAGAACUGCAGCGGUUCAAGGGGCAGCUCACCCUCACCUUCUCCAGGGGCAGUUAUUGAUAGGCAAUACAUGUUAUGCCAGGAUCCCAUGAGUUUAAACGAAGGAAGCGAGCACUGUAGGUGGAGGUGGGCUACUCCCAAGUUAACCCUACUGUUCACAUUGUGCCCAGCCACACCAGCUUGGGACUCGAGGAUCUGUGAAAGCCCCUCUCCACUCCCGGUGUGUCCAAGCAGACUCGGAGGGUGAGGGUCACCAGAGGGAACCUGCUACCCUCUCCUUAUCCCGAUUGGUGUCCGAGAACUCACUUCUACAAGUUGUACUCACGGCUCAGUGAUGUUUGAUUGAAUGUUGUUUAAUUCGGAAUGUUGCACAACUGAUUCAAUAAAAGACAAUAGCUGCUUCCUUCAAA